UUCAGUUUGGCACACAAGUCCACAGCGAUGACCGGAGAGCCGUAUCUGCUCUUUAAUGUGAAUAUCCAGGUUGCAGAGCCCUGCUCUCUGUGGGCAGGAUUUUCGAGCACCAUUGGAGCAGUCCGGAAACCUCCUCCUGCCCUCUCCCUUCUAAAAUCAUCGGUCUGUUAGAACAUCCGUGUCUGUUUGCUAUGACAUAUAUCAACAUUGAUGAGAGACAGGAGCACUGUCGGGUAAUUUUGAGCUGCCAGAAUAAUCAGCUGUAUGCACAACAUGGCUUAAAGGAUUUCUCAGUUAGCAGCAUGCAUCCGCUGAAGAACUUAGACACUCCGAUUUUUACUGGCAAUCUUAAUCCUGUAGGCAAAGCAAACGGCAAUACAGAGACACAUCUCUAUCAGAGUGUAGAGAAUCUACAUUGGGGCUCAGUGACUGAUUCAAGUUGCCAUCCCCACUGUGGGAAUGCAGACAAUGAACUCAUUUUCCAUUACAGAGGCACAACACAUUGGUCCAAGUGUUCCGUGGAAGGUGCCCCAGCCCUCAGCUCACCUAAAUGUUGCAGACGCUUUCCUUUUCCGUCCAAGCAAAUACCACCUUCAGCGCAAGAUGUAGUCCCUUCCCCUUGUGCCAACGUGCCUCCAUGGCUUUUCCCCUCAUCAAUGAAUGGGGAUGCUAAAAGAAAUUUAAAGGAGAAACUUAUGAUCCACAGUACUAAAACUGCAGAGAUUUGCAAGCCUCUCAGACCUCAAACUUCCUUGAAUGACCUGGUUGCAAGGGAGUGCUCAGAAUGCUGGGUGUGUCAGCCAUAUAAGAAUGGCUGUUCAGUUAAUUGUUGUACCAUAUUUGUGCAACAUGCUACCCUUGCUCAUAGGCCAUGGAUGGCACUAGGGAGGCAUCACCCUUGUUUUUCUCGUAGGCUGACCAGUCCAGAAGACAUCAAACAAGAAGCUCAGAGAAGGCUGCAGUUCAGAAGACAGAACAGCUCACCCAACUUAGCUCUUCAUUGUGCCAAUGAAGGACAGGAGAUGGUCAAAUCCCAAACCACUGAAUCCCUAAAAGGUUAUGUGGGGGAAGGGGACACCAAAAGGGCACUGGAACUGAGCAGAAAAGGCGAUUGCAAAGAGCAGCUGUACAUACCCACUUUUGAGGAGUUUAAGAGGAUGAGAAUCAAGGAAACUUGUUUGCAAAAUGGUAGUAAUGAAGCCACAAGAGACUUGAAGGAAUGGACUCAAAAAUUAGAAGAAAAGAGAAACCAGAACCUUUGCUUAGAUACUCAGCAGGAUCUUGCCAAAGAAAUGGUUUCAGCUGCAGAUGAUUAUGAUGAUGUGUUCCAUGAAAAUACUCAAAACGCUUCUGACUUGGAUAGCUAUCAAGAUUCUUCAUCCACAUGGGACAGGAGCAUCUGUCUGAUGAGUAUGCCAGUGGCCAGGGAUUGCGAGAUGCCAAGUCCUGAUAGGAUCGCAGGCCCCAUUUGUUCUAGCCCAGUUCCAAGAUCACCUUUACAGCCUGCCGCUGGUGUUACAGAGGAAGGGAAGAACUUUGCUGAACGGAACAAGCAGGAAUUGGAUGCAACACAACUAAGUGAAGUACUUCACCUUGCUGGACAGUCUUUUGCAUCUGAAACUCAGUCUUCUUGCUGCCCACUGUUGUUAGAAGCAACAGAUAUAUCCAGCUAUGGAGCUAAACUACAGAAAAUGAAGGAUGAAUUUAUAGGUUCUGCACUGGACCUCAUUAAGAAGAGUUGCAGUGCUGAAACUGCCACAGAGUCCCCAUCCAAAGGACCAAGUGAAUUUAAGAAGGCUGACCUCACUUUUCUAGAGGAUCAUCAUCAACCCACAAACUCUAUUCCCAACUGCCGCAGAUCCAGUUCUGACAUUUCCCAUGAAUCCCCAGACUUCACUAAAACUCAGCGGGAGUGUCGAUUACGGCCUCAUUUCAGUGAUCCCAUGCCAACAGAUGCCGUGAAGAGGAAACAACUGGAGCUGAAGAUAGCCGCGGCUGCACGGCAGCAUGCUCAGAAGCACCGACAAGAGAGAGAACACAGCCCAGCAAUGACAAAAGCCAACGUCGACCACGGAAGCAGCUUUGACGAGAACCAGCGUGUCCUGGGUGGCUCUCUUCGUUCCAAGCACCGCUGGAGCAACAUCAGCAGUCUGAGUGCCGACAGCGGCAUCGUGGGCGGGAACGACGAGAGGGACAAUGCUGACGCCGGCAAUGGAGGGGCACCGAGGAUGAGAUCAGCCGAGAUGGAGAGGGCAGACAGCGGCAUCAGCCAAGUGCUGACUAGGAAGUGGAGGAGAAGCCAAGUGUCUGAAAUGCUGACUUCCCUACAAGUGUGGGAAGCCCACCAGCCGUGCACUGACUGUGGGGGAAGAGAUUUCCCAGUGGAAACAGAUGUUCAGAACCAGAACAAGAGGCGGGCCAACCUCUGUGAGAAGUGCCUGAAAUGCCGGACAGAGCGGAAGGAGUCGGUGUUAGAGUUUGUCAAUACUGAAGCCAGUUAUGGGGAGGACCUGCGCAUCAUCAAAGAGGAGUUCUACCUCCCCAUGCAAGCGGCUGGCCUCCUAACACAGGACCAGCUGCUGGUGGUUUUUGGCAACAUACAGGAGUUGAUUGACCUCAAUGAAAACUUUCUGGAGUACCUGCAGGAAGAAAUUGAUCAAGCCUUUGAGCAGGGUGAUGACGACCUAAUGACUGUGUGCAUCGGUGAAAUAUUCCUGGAGUUCGUCAACAUGCUGCCUGCUUUCCAGACCUAUUGUCUCCAGCAGUCUUCUUCAGUGAACAUGCUCAAUGCAUUGGAGAAAGAGAAGGAGCUACUCAGGAUUUUCCUCAAUGUUUCUCAAAAUGACAACACAGUACUUCGCCGCAUGAAUCUGAGGUCCUUCCUCAUGGCGCCUCUACAGAGAGUCACAAAAUACCCGCUGCUGUUGAGCCGCAUCAUCAAAUCCACCCUUGAGUACCACCCAGAUCACAGCAGCCUGAGGGAAGCCAAGAGCCGCAUCGAGUCCCACUUGGAGCACAUUAACAUGAAAACUAAGCAGGAAGGAAACUCGUGGACGCUGCGCUCAUUCCGCCAGGACAGCAAGAAGAACAGGGAAGUCAUAAACAUCGAAAUGCGGGAAACCGCCAUCAAGACUGUGGGCUGGUUACGGGAAGAAACCCGCUUUGUUAUGGAAGGACCCCUGCAGCUUGCCCAGCCUCCUGAUGGACAGUGGGUGAAAAAGGGCAGCAAGACCUUAAAAUUCCAGAACAUGCAAGUGCUCCUCAUGGUCAACAUCAGACGUGCAUCCGAGUCGAGCUUUGAGCCUGGGGAGCCGGGGCCUGUAAAAGAUGCGGUAUUGGUCGUUAUUAGAGACAAAAACAACGGGAAGUUUAGUUUGCUCAGGGAACCCUUGAGACUCAGUAAUUGCGUGAUCUCUGUGGAUCCGGACUGUGAUGAUACAUUUGAACUUAUUGAAAUCCGGCGGGAAUCCUUUGUGUUCCGCGAUGGAGACAAAGCCCGGACUCACCAGUGGUUUAGACAAAUACGGAGGUACUCACAGGAGCUGGGAUCCUGGAAGAAACGCCGUAAUGCCCUACCCAACAUCAUGAUAAGUGCAUCCCACAAUAGAUCUUGAGAGGUGCCCGACUAUGAAAUUACUUGACUUAGCUCAGAAAUAGCACUAGAUCUGCACUGGGCUGAGUUUCAUCCUUGAUAUAGCUUUAACUCCUUUCAGCAGAAUUCCACAAAUGAUGACCAUCACUGGGCCAAAUGGCAUCGGAGCCACCUUUGGCAACUUCGUUUUCUACCAAGAAGGACUAUAUAUUAGAAUACCAUUAAAUCAGUGUUUGUCAAAAUCUAGGAAACUGCCCCGUUUCUGAACUGAUGAGCUCUUCCAUAACCUCCCAACCUAGAAACCUCAAUGGGUACAACAACCCAGCUCCUAUAACCUCAGUGCCACUUUGUUCUUUGCUGUCAUUCCUGUGCGCCUAGGCACAGAGCUGCUUCUCCAGUGGGUGCCAUUUCUGUUCCUGACUACAGUGCAAGCCCUAUUCUGUCAGGAACUCUGCUUUGUGGUAACUUACACCAGUCAGGGAUCCACUCCUCUCUUUAAGACCAUUGGGUUAAAAACUAAAAUU